AAGUGCGUCACAGUAGUUCAACGCUGUUGCAGUUUAAUUACCAUUACGUGACGUUUAAUCUAACGUUAACUUCUGCCUGAUUUUAUGCGUUUAUACCCGCUUGAAAGAAGUCUGGAUUAUUAAUGGCGUGUCCUGUAAACCACACAGCGUCAGUGGAGCUGAACCCAGCCAUCCUCCCUCUAGACUGGCUCCUGGGUACCUGGGUGUCAGAUGAACCUGGAGAGGGCUGUUUUCCCUCCAUAAAACCUUUCCGCUACAUAGAGACACUGACCUUCAGCCAUGUGGGACAACCAGUCAUCAACUUCAUGUUCAAUGCCUUCCAUGCAGAGACCAAGAAGCCUAUGCACAGAGAGUGUGGCUUCAUUCGAAUGCAGCCGGGAGCCAACAAAGUGGCGUUCAUCAUUGCACAAAACUCAGGUCUGGUAGAGAUUGAGGAGGGAGAGCUGACAGCGCAGCAGCUGAACCUGCAGAGCCAGGCUCUGGCCAGAAUCUCUUUUGCCAAGGAGCCAUUUGUACAGAAGAUUUCCAGAGUGUUUCAGCUCCGACCAGAUGGGAGGCUGGAGCAGACAGUUUCCAUGGCAACAGACAACCAGCCACUGAUGCAGCACUUGCACAUCACCUACCGCCGGUCAUCUUGACCCAACAGGCUGCUUCUAUUACACAGAAAUACUUCGGUCAGGAAAGAUAAACGUCGCUUAAAAAUGAGGGGGCUUGAGAAAUAAUCACGGUUUACUCAGAUAAUCCUAUAAACAGUUUGAUUCAUGAUGUACAUUAAUACAUUACAUACCGUAAUGACUGGGCAUGGUUUAGGCACUACAGGGAGAAAGAUGUAGAGUUAAUGUUUCUGUCAAAUUAAAAAUUUAAAAGGCCCUGUGGAGUUUUAUUGGAAACAAACAACAGCUGUUUUUACAGUCAGCGUUACUCAACAAAAUGCACUGUGUGUCUUGAGGUUUAAAAAAAAUGUAGCAAGUGCAUUUCCUUCCUCAAAGAACAAAGGAUUUUACAUUUUGUAUUAUUUAAUAGCAAUCAGUCUUCUUUGGUGCUGCCUUUGCUGGCAUGUUGCUGUAUAUCUCGGUGCAUUACCACCUGUAGAUCAGUGGAACAGAGUGAAACAGUUAAAGAUCUGACACUCCACAGGAAACCUUUAAUCUACCAGAAUAAAGAUUUCAUAUUGCACUUUAUGGCCUUGGCUGAGAAUGAGUGCUUGCACUAUCGUUAUAUUUAUCGUCCAGAUAUUUAUUAUUGGAGCUGGAAAGCUUAUAAAGCACUGAUGAUUUAAUGGUGAUCACACUGUCUUCUUACCUUCAACUUUUAUUGCACUAUUUUAAGAUUGAAAGCUAAAGUUGCUGCUGUCCUUCUGGAGCCAAUGAGCAGUGUUUUGAGUGUAAAAUUUAGAGAGAUGUUCUAAAACUGAAUGUAUGGUUAUGUUAUAGAUGGUUUAAGCCUGUAAACGUGACCUUUUGAGAUUCAGAGGUUUAUUUGCGUUUCAGGUUGUCCAAGUUUGGUUUAUGUCUUUCAGUGGACAGGUUUGUAUACAUGUUGCUUCUAUGCAGGCUGCACUAAAUAAAAUAAUGA